UUUGCGGACAAAUUUCAGGAAUUCAAAGAAGCUGCACGACUAGCAAAGGAAAAAUCCCAAGAAAAGAUGGAGCUAACAAGUACGCCCUCGCAAGAAUCGGCUGGAGGGGAUAUACAGUCUCCUUUAACGCCCGAAAGUAUUAAUGGAACAGAUGAUGAGAGAGCAACGCCGGAAGUGACACAGAACUCAGAACCAAGGGCUGAACCAACCCAGAACGCAUUGCCAUUUACACAUAGUUCGACAAUCAGCAAGCAUUGGGAGGCAGAACUGGCCACACUCAAGGGUAAUAAUGCAAAGCUCACAGCAGCCUUGCUGGAGUCCACUGCCAAUGUCAAACAAUGGAAGCAACAGCUUGCUGCGUAUCAGGAGGAAGCAGAACGUCUUCAUAAGCGGGUGACGGAGUUAGAGUGUGUGAGCAGUCAAGCCAAUGCAGUCCACACACAUAAAACAGAAUUAAACCAGACAAUACAGGAGUUAGAAUCUACACUGAAGAAAAAAGAAGAGGAAAUAGAAAGAUUGAAACAAGAAAUCGACAAUGCCAGAGAGCUCCAGGCACAGAGGGAUUCUCUGACCCAGAAGUUACAGGAAGUAGAAAUUCGAAACAAAGACCUGGAAGGACAGCUGUCUGAUCUAGAGCAACGUCUGGAGAAAAGUCAGAAUGAGCAAGAAGCUUUUCGCAAUAACUUGAAGACACUUUUAGAAAUUCUUGAUGGAAAAAUAUUUGAACUAACAGAAUUACGAGAUAACUUGGCCAAGCUGAUAGAAUGCAGCUAAAGGAAAUGGGAUUUCAGUGCCAAUCAGCUUAAAGAUGCACUGUCUCUCUUCAUAGGACUGUGUUGGGCUCUGCAUCAAAGUUGCACAAAAUUAGGAAAUGCUCCUCUAAGAGGGCUUGUUUUAAAUUUGAGUCAUAUUUGAGUGUAAAAUUUAGAACUUGGCGUGUAGCUAGUUGAAGAAAAAAACACACAAAAAAACUUGAACUACAAAUUACCUCCAUGUAUAUUAUUGGCCAUAGAUAACUUGAGAGAUAUUAACAGUAAUUGAAUGCAAUCCUUUUCUAAUUAUUAGUGAUGGAAGAAUUAGCAGUGUCCCAGGUCAUAUCCCCUUUUUGUUUUAGACACACUACAGGUUAUCUGCUGUUUUAUUUAUUUAAGGUAUUUAAUUGCUGUGUUUUGU